CCGGAACAGGAAGCGCGUGUGUGACCACAGGUCGGUCCCAUGCUUCGCUGUUGUUUGCUGCUCCAUUCAUUUAUGAAACAGCAACUUUAGCAGCACAUUUCACUCCUUAUUCUCAGACGUGUCUGUGUUGGUUUGUUUUUUAAAGAACAACCAGUCACUUCUUAAAGCUCACACAAAGGCACUCAAGCGGUGACGGUAGUUACGGCGGCGACGAAAGAAGCGCGCCGAAGUUAUUUACCGAGCCACAAGUCGAGUGCAAUCUCUGAAUGAACAGCGCAGUGGAGUCAAACAUGGUGAAGGAAAACCCCUGGAACAUUCCCCCCAACGCCCCCACCUGCAUGGAGAAGCAUCUGUGCGCAGCGCAAUACAGAGCAGAUGGCAGUCUGAUGCUUGGUGCCUCCAGCCUCUCUGGCAGGAGCUGGCAGGGAUCAGUGUGGAUCUACAGUGACCCUGAGCAGGCCCCCAGUGAGGGAUUCUGCAAAGCUGGUGUGCAAACUGAGGCUGGCAUUACCGAUGCCAAAUGGGUGACAGAGAAGGGUGUUGCUGUUGCAUCAGACUCAGGUGCCCUGGAGCUCUGGGAACUGGCAGAGGACGAGGCCCUGCUCGUGAACCGCUUCACCAAGCAGGAGCAUGACGACAUCGCCACCACAGUGAGCCCCAUAACUGGAGGGACCGGUGCCGUCACUGGUAGCAUGGACUGCAGAAUCAAAGUAUGGGAUCUCAGUCAGGAGACGGUUCUCACUACCUACGGUGCGCACACACAGCCGAUCGUAUGCGUUGCCUGCAGUCCCACAGACGAGGCUCUCUUCAUCUCCUGUGGUCAAGAUGGCCGUGUGCUGCUGUGGGACAAGAGGAAGCCAAACAAACCAGCAUCAAGGAUAGGUGUGGAGGCUCCCACCUGCUCGGCUACAACCAUAGCUUGGCACCCCCACCACAGAAGCACCAUUGCAAUUGGCGAUGAGCUGGGUAGAGUGAGUGUGAAGGAUUUCCUGGGAACAGAGGUCGCCCGGGUGGAGAGCGUUCACAGCCGCAGAGUCAGUGGACUUGCCUUCUCCACACAUAGUGCCCCGUUGCUCGCUACAGUCAGUGAUGACUGCUCCGUUGCCGUUUUGAACUCUGAACUCCAUGAAAUAAUGAGAGAUCGGCGACACCAGGACUACGUCAGAGGUGUUUGCUGGCGCCACGGUGGCUCCAACACCCUCACGACUGUAGGCUGGGAUCACCUUGUUCUUCACCAUACAGUGAGUGCGGCUUCUGGAGCUCCCAACUCGUCCUCUUAGAUCCACACACAGAUGGCCACUCCGUGUGGCUGUUUUUGUGGCAUGUAUAUUAAAAAAAAAAAAAAAAUAUCAGUGAGAAGAGGUGGAUUGAAAAGGUGGAUUCAUAGCUUCAUGUGUGCAGUUAUUUGGGCCUCAUCCACAUCUCUCUCUUUCUCUCGCUCUCUCUCUUUCUGUCUCCUCUAACACACUGCAGCGUUUCCAUUCACGUGUAAUUAAAUCUGAGGCAGUUUCAUAUUAAAGUUAAUUGAAUGUUGCGAUAGCAAGAGCAUUUGGACAUCUGGUUUUUGUCUCGUGGACUCUUGAAAGAACUGGGGAAGAGAAGGAGAGGACAGUGUGUUAUAUACUCGACGGCUCAGACGUUAACAAGGUUACACGUGUGAUUUGCAUAUUCAGUGGCAGGUAAAGUGUCACUGAGCAGCAGCUAUGUCACACUGUUGACCAGACUCAAGUUCCAUAAUAAGUAAUCUAAUGCAUUUUCACAUAGCACUGACACAAUGCAUUGAGUGACUCCUAAGGAAACCAAUGUCCUUGGUCGUGUACUGAAAUGAUUGGAAGACGGACAGUGAGGACCACAGUGUUGAAGACAUUUGUUGCCGUCAGAAAGAAAACAUGGUCAAACAUGAGAUCUGACCAAAAAUCCUCACAGGAAUUGGCUCGUAAAAGCUCAGUAGAAGGUCAGCAUAUUUGCUGCCGCUGGUUCACAGCAGCUUUACUGAUUACACUGGACAUGAAAUGGGGAUGCUCAGUAUUUGUAAAACACAAUAUUACAUUAUUGCGAUUGUAGUUUCAGUCCCAUUAAAAGUACAUUACUACUUGGAGGGAAAAAAACAAGGACCCUUAUUUUGACGUAGUCACAGGAAGUGCAAUAAUUAGUGCUUCUGCCAUUUACCACCAACAAAUGUCCCAGUUUCUUCCUGCUCUGUCUUUUCAUCUUGGAUGUGGAUGUUUUUAUUACGGACGGUUAUUAUGUAGAGCUUUGAUUGAUUUCAGUUUGAUUGCACCAUUCUAGCUUUUUUUUUUUUUUUCCCUCCACUCUUAAAAAUGAAAAAUGUAAUGUCAUAUUAGGAAUUGUGAAUUAGACUUUAACAUCUACCUGAAGAUUAAAACAUUCAUGUCUUGUCA